CUGCCCGGACUAAGCCGCACGAUGGCCUGGCGCUGCUUCUGCCCUGUGCCCGGGGGGGGGGCUGUGAACGCGCCCGGCUCUACAACUUGCAAAACCUGCGGGCUGCCCCGAGCCUCGCGGGCGUGGUUUUUCUUCCGCGAUGCCGCGGCGCACGAGCCGUGCCGCGCGGCCCGGCGCCGCGGUCGCCGCUCCGCGCGCGUCCGCGACCGCGAGCUGGACGCGAAGCUGGAGGCGCUCCGCGGGGGCCCCGCGCCGCGGCGGGCCCACGGCCUCGACCCGACCCGGAGGAAUCCAUCCCUGCCCAGGGAGGUCGUCCAAGGAACCUUCGAAUGGGCGCACGGCUACGCCACCGUCGAGGACGCCGCGUGGGUCGCGGGGAUUCCUUACCUGGUGUGCGUCGGCGGCUGGACGCACGCGACGGUCGCGACCGACCCCCACCGCGGCGCGCUGGAGCAGGACCGCGUCGAGGCCGAGAUCGCGGUGCUUAAGGCCAAAAAGGCCUUCCUCGUCCUCAAGCUCCGGGGCGCGCGCGCGCGGGAAUGGCUCCGCCGGAACAGGAGCUUCAAGAACGUGGAGAAGGGGCCGGCGGUGGUUCGCGCGCGCGACGCCGUCCUCGAGAACGCCGCGCGGCUGGACGCCGCGCGGGCCUACCUCGUCGCGCGCCGGGGGUCGGACCGCGCGUACGAGAUGCUCACCAAGGACAAGAAAGGCGCCGACCGCGUACCUCCCCGGAAAGGUCCCCGCGCGCCCUCGUAG